AUGCCUGGGCGCCGAUACAUGAGCAGCCAGCUCAGAGUGAGGCCCUUUCGAGAGGUUCUUCCGGUUCUUUCCUCGGUGCGCUGGUUAGGCUCUCCUACCAUUCCGAGUAUGCUUCAGCCUCCGCAGCUGCUUCUCCCGAUUCUCGUCGUGGUCGGCGGCCCCACCAUGCAACUGCCAUCCAGCAGCGCGUGCACGCCAGAAAUGACCGCUGCGGCACUGGCAGGACCGCAGGAGUCGGAUCCCUUUCGCGUGUCGCUGGAGCAGUUUGGUGCCGGGCCGCUAAAGCUGAUGUUCUUGAAGGCUUGGAGACCUCAGAGCUUUUGGGGGAGUUUACUCGAGAUCAGGCUCGCCGAUCCCUUGCCACUGCAGGAUGAUGGCUUGCAGACUUCCUAG